GUUCCGAAAGGGGUGGGGGGCAAACAUGGCCGACGACUUAGGGGAAGUAAACACAGCUGUAGGUGAAGGCGAAACAAAACAAGAGCAAGAGGUCUCCAAACUUUUAAACGAGGAGCCUGACAACAAUGCCUGCAACAACAAUAUUCUUGGCCGGACCGAGAGGUCAUCGUCGGAGAGCAGCUGGUCGGGUUCCCUCAUGUCGCUGGCUCGUAAGGCCACGGAGACACUCAGCAGCGGGGUGAACUACGCUUCUGCACGGAGGAACUCCGUGCAUGGCUCCGCUGAGAGCCUGACGUCGGAAAAGGAGCCCGAACCCGAGUUAAACCGCAUGGGAAAGAAGCUUCCAGUGUUGCUCCCCAAAGACCCCAUGGCAAUAGAAAGGUCCAAUCUUCUCAGCAUGCUGAAGCUAAGCAUCAAAGUUUUAAUCAAGUCUUCAGUGAGUUUGGGGAGGACUCUAGACGCUGACUUCCCGCCCUUGCAGCAGUUCUUCUUAGUCCUGGAGCACUGCCUCAAACAUGGGCUAAAAGCCAAGAAGUCCUUCAUUGGUCAGAACAAAUCCAUUUGGGGCCCUCUGGAGCUGACUGAGAGCUUGUGUCCAGAAUCUGCCAACAUAGUGACAAGUGCCAGAGACCUGCCUGGAAUCAAGACUGGUUUGGGGAGAGGAAGGGCAUGGCUGCAUUUAGCACUCAUGCAAAAAACAAUGGCUGACUACAUGAAAGUCUUGCUGGAACGCAAAGAUCUCCUGAGUGAGUUCUAUGAUGCUGGAGCGCUAAUGAUGGAGGAGGAAGGUGCAGUAAUGGGAGGGCUGCUGGUCGGCCUUAAUAUUAUUGAUGCAAACCUGUGUAUUAAAGGUGAAGAUCUGGACUCUCAGGUGGGAGUAAUUGACUUCUCCCUUUAUCUGAAAGACCCUACCAGCUCUGGAAACCCGAAAGAUGAUGCCAAGAUGACCGCCAUCUUGGAUCAGAAGCAUUACAUUGAGGAGUUGAAUCGUCAUCUGAGUGGAACCGUUACCGACCUUCAGGCGAAGAUGGACUGCUUGGAGAAAACCAACAGCAAACUUGUAGAAGAGCUCGCAGCGGCAACGGACAGAAUCAACUCUCUGCGAGAUGAACAGGAACAGCUGAGAGAGGACAACGCGCAGAUUUUGCUUUCCAGUCAGAAAAAGAAAGAGGCUGCGCUUCAGGACAGCCAGGCGGAGUUGGAGACGUACAAACAAACCCGACAAGGCUUGGAUGACAUGUAUAAUGUUGUGUGGAAGCAAUACAAGGAAGAAAAACGCAUUCACCAGGAGUUGGCGCGAGAGCUGGAGCUCCAGAUAGUGCUGAAACAGGAAAUGGAGAUGGCCAUGAACCUGCUGGAGAAGGACUCACAUGAGAAACAGGACUCACUGGCUGCUUUGCGACUCCAGUUGGACCAAGUCAAAGCUCUGAACCUUCAAAUGUUUCACAAAGCACAGGACUCUGAACGAGAGGCGGCCAAAAAACAGGCAGAGGUUGAACAGCUCGAGCAGAAAAUAGACGACAUGGUGAAAGCAAUGACGGAUCUAGAGCUGAGACUUCACAAUUCAGAACGGGAUUGUAAGAAGAGCAGCCAGUCGGAUAAAAACUUAAGGGUUGAGCUGGAGGGAAAAAUAAACACGCUUGAAAAACAACUGAGUGACCUGGAUGCACAAAGGCUGGGCUUUGAGAAGGAACUUGUGGUCGAGAGAGAACAGCGGCAAGGCCUUCAGAAAGCGCUCCAGAGGGAGCAGGACAAUAGCAUGGAGCUUCGCACGCAACUCCAACAACUCCAAGGCCUGCACGCUGAGCUACAGGAUCUGAAGCAGGAGAAGCAGCAGCUGCAAGAGUUAUGUGAACAGCAGGAGCAGGCUUUGCAGGAGAUGGGGCUGCAUCUCAGCCAGUCAAAACUCAAGAUGGAGGACUUUAAAGAGGUUAACAAAGCACUGAAGGGCCAUGCCUGGUUAAAAGAUGACGAAGCCACGCAGUGCAAACAGUGUGAAAAAGAGUUCUCCAUCUCACGAAGAAAGCACCAUUGCAGGAACUGCGGGGAUAUUUACUGCAGCAGUUGCUCCAGUAACGAGCUCGCCUUACCUUCAUAUCCUCGUCCCGUGCGGGUUUGCGAUAUGUGUCACUCCUUGUUGCUGCAGAGAAGUUCAUCCAAAGCUUCCUGACAAAAACCCUUCCAACAUUCGGAUCUUUUCGUUGCACAAACACUGCUUAGCCACGUUUGUUUUUGAAUGUUAAUUUUGUGUCAUCUGAAAUUCAGGAAGAUAAUGCGUUGCAUUCCUGUUGCAGAACUGUUCAAGGUCAUUUUUUUGCAGGAGGGGAAAUGUUUCAAAUUUAUUGCGAGGUAUACAUGCAAACCUUUUUCCCCUAAUUCAGGUUUGAAAGCAAGUUUACAUGUGAUGCGGUCUAUUCCGAUCAAGUAAAUAUGUGCCACUUAUAAUCAGAACAGCCUGUUUACUGUAAUCGAGGUUCAGAUGGAGCAUUUUUCAUUCUCAUUUUAUCAUAUUCACACUGCAAUGCAUUAACACAGCGAUAGCCUAAGUUUCUAUCAGUCAUUUGUUGCAACUUUGUAAAUUAUUGAAUGAUAAAAAUCUAUUUUAGAAUGUAUUAACACUUGGAUUGUAUACACACAAGAGCUGUUUUCUAUCUCGGGAAUGACACAUUUUUAACUUGAUAUUUAAUGAAUAAAAUUUGCAGUGUUUCCAUCAGA